AUUCCCAACAGAAGAAGAAUUAACCAAGUAUAUCGAUAAGGAUCAAUUGCCAUUGGAAUAUGGUGGUGUAAGUGAAACUGUGACCAGCUGGAAGUAUAUAUUUUUAUUAUAUACACAAGGUCUGGAUAUGAGGUAUUCUGCAAUCUGAUUGGUUCUCUACUAGCAGGAUAUUAGCUCAUAUCCUGCUAGUACUAGUAGAGAAAAACAAAACGGCGGCCAAACUGAAUUUACGAUGUUUUGCAAACGAGAAAACGGCAAGUUGUCGCUUUUUAUAGCCUUCACAGGAUUAAAAACACAAUUAAAAAACUCCCACAAAUUGUUUUCAGGUUAGCAAAUAAAUUUUUAAAAUUUAAAAUGGUUAAAAAUAUAUAUUUUGGAAAAAAUAAUCGGGCGAAAGAGCGAAGAUAAAAACAUAAACAAAAUAGAAAAAUUAUGGAAAUAACGGAAAAGCAAAGUCUGUGAAUUCAGACCUUGUGUAUAUAAUAAAACAGUUAUUCCACUCACUCUCGUCGAACAUGAGCAAUAGCCGAUUCGGCGCUACGCGCCUCAUCGGCUAUCAGCUCAUAUUCGACUCGAGUUCGUAGAAUGACUGUUAAAUAUUUUGCAGCUGUUCCUGGUUAGGUCUAAUAAAUGUAUAUAAAUUUCCACUCGAUAAUUUUCAUCUGCAGGUAUAUCUUUCUACCCGAUCUACCAAAAAAAUUCUUAAGCUCAUUGUUUUAUUUUUUUGUUUUUGAUUAGCCAUCAUUUGAAUACAAGUAUCCUCCUGAAGACAAAACGUACGUUGGUAAUUUUUAACAAUGUCACUAAUUAUAUCUGAAGCUGCAGCGGAUUUUCUGAGCAAUAAUAUACGAUCUAUAUAUAAUAUAGAUCCAUGAUAAUAAUAUAGAUCCAUGAUAAUCCAUUGAAAAGCUCGUUGCAAAUCAAUUGCUAGCCAACACCGAAAUUGCACUAACAUUGGCAUAACUCUUGUACAGAUCUACCCCCAGCACGAACUGGAAAAUGGCCAUGACGAAGUCAAACAUAAAAAGAAGGAAGGCACUUACUUGAACAGAAAUAAUCUGUGUUCAUUAUUGGCACCAUCUCAAAUUGAGGAAAAGGGUGCCCUAGUCACGUUGUAUCCCCCCGCCCCGUCUCUUUCUCUCUCUGUGGACGGCAUGAUCGAAUACAAGAAGAUAACCUUGAAGCUUUCUAACUGUAUAAGGUUUCCUCUUUAUAGGGACAAGAACAGCAAUGAUCCAGCGACAUCUGAUGUGACAUCAUGA